AAUGGCUACAAAGACAGGCAGUUCAACAGCAUCUGGUCUUGCACCUAUUAAGGAGGAAUACAUUGACCGGAACCAUGUUAAAAAGAUUUCUCAGUACUUACCAUCGAGCAUGCGAGAAGAAAUUAGCGAAGGAAAUGACAAGGGAGGUCAAAAGCCUAAAAAAAAGUUAAAAGGAAGAAAUAAAACUCGUCCUAUCGAAAAACACUUAGAGGAGGGAAAAUCCCGACUUUGUCCAAACAUAAUUCAGAAACGAGAAUGCCAAUUUGGUGAAAAGUGUAGAUUUCUUCAUGAUCCUGCUGAAUACUGGAAAACUAAGCCUGAGGAUUUACCAGGGCCUUGCUAUAACUUUGAAACUUUUGGGAGAUGUCCAUAUGGUCUAACUUGUAGAUUUGCAAAGCAGCAUACAAAUGAGGAUUUAACGGAAAUACAGAAAAAAGUUGAAAUGAAAGUUGAGCCUAGUGAGAAAACUGUACUUUCUAAGGAAUUGCAAAUUACUUUAAGAAAAAAGAAAUAUGAUUUUUCUCUUACUGACAAAGUUGUUGCACAAAUCAGGAAAGAAAACACUAAAGAGAUAACUUUACCCGCUAAGCGUAAGUUAAGCGAAGAUGGCUGCGAUGCAACAAUAGUAUCAAAACCACAAGUUGAGUUAGAAAAUGAUGAUAUUGCUGUGAAAAUUCGAGCGUCCGAAAAGAAGAAAAUAGAUUUCUCGGAUAAGACUUAUCUUGCUCCUCUAACUACAGUGGGAAAUUUACCCUUUAGGAGAGUUUGCAAAAAUUAUGGCGUUGAUAUAACUUGCGGUGAAAUGGCAGUAUGUACUAAUCUACUUCAAGGCCAGAACUCUGAAUGGGCUCUUGUAAAACGUCACGCCAGCGAAGAUCUAUUUGGCGUUCAAAUUUGUGGUUCUUUUCCCGAUGUUGUAGGUCGCUGUGCCCAAUUAAUAGAUGAACACGUUAAUUGUGAUUUUAUUGACUUGAACUGUGGAUGCCCUAUUGAUUUAGUUUAUAGGAGAGGAGAAGGAUGUUCACUGAUUGGUAGAGCUACCCGACUAGAAGCUAUCACAAAAACAGUUACAAGUGUGAUCAGUAAGGACUUUACGAUAAAAAUGAGAACGGGAAUAAGUGAUGGUAAAAAUGUUGCUCACACACUUAUACCUAUGAUGGAGAAAAAUGGAGUUUCAGCGGUAACUAUUCAUGGUAGAUCAAGAGAACAACGCUAUACACGUUCCGCUGAUUGGAACUAUAUUGGAGAGUGCGUCAAAAGUGCCGAGAAUAUGGCAGUGUUCGGAAAUGGAGAUAUUCUCUCUUUUGAGGAUGCUUUAAAUUUCAAGGAAAUAGCAAACACAAAGAGUCUCAUGGUAGCCAGAGGUGCCUUGAUUAAACCUUGGAUAUUUACUGAAAUUAAAGAAAGUCGGCACUGGGAUAUUUCCUCUUCGGAAAGGUUUGACAUGCUAAAAGAUUUUACCAAUUAUGGACUUGCACAUUGGGGUUCCGAUAUUAGAGGAGUAGAAACUACACGACGCUUCAUGCUGGAAUGGCUGUCUUUUCUAUAUAGAUAUAUACCAGUUGGUUUAUUAGAAGUUUUACCACAAAAAAUAAAUGAAAGACCACCUUAUUAUUUCGGAAGAAAUGACCUAGAAACUUUAAUGGCUAGUCCCAAUAGCGGAGAUUGGGUUAAAAUAAGUGAAAUGCUUCUGGGUCCAGUGCCAAGCAAUUUCGUAUUUUUACCCAAGCACAAGGCGAAUGCAUAUCAAUAA